AUGUUAAUUAGAUUACUUGCUUAGUUUGUUACAUAAACAUUACCAGGAAAUUUAAAGAAUAUUGAAGAACAUAUGAACUCUAAUGAUUCUAGUUUAAUGUAUAGACCUGCCCAUACUGUGGUUGGGUCCUCUAGAAUGAUAGGAUUUUUAAGACUAGGAGAUAUCUGCGAUUUAAUGCAAAAAUGUGUUAAUGCAGGAAAUACAAAUCCAAAUUACGAUUCUUAUAGAUACUAUUAUGAUGUGGCCUUGCUAGAGAAAAAAAAUAUAGAAGAUGCUUAUGAGAAAUUAAAAAAUGGAGACACUUCUGACAAAAUAACUUUUGAAUUGAAAUUCCCCAAUCUAAGAAAGAGGCAUAGCAGUAAAUUAGCAAUUGAUUAGCCGAACGAAGAGGCAAAGGUUCAAUAGUAAAAUGAGAUCAAGGAUUAAUUAUCUAAGAUUGACAGUCUUUUGUAUUAAAUCAUUAAAAUUAUUUAUUCUUGGUUUAGUGAUAAGACUGUAAAUUCAGAUGAAGGGAAUUAUAAACCACAAAUUAAUUAUUAAAAAAAUGUUGCACCAGAGGUUAAAGUGGAGCCUGUAAAAAAAGUGGAGGAACCUCCUAAGGUUUAGCCUAAAGGUACCAGAUUUGGCAAAAAAGCUGCCUAAGCGCCAAUUUAAAUAGUAAAUCAGAAAAAUAUAGUUGCCGAGGAGCCUUAUAAUAAUAAAGCUGUCCUACAAUAACCUGCUAAAGUUGAAUUAAAAAAAGAAGAACCAUUAAAAAAAGAAGAGCAAAAGAAAUAAGAGUAAGUUUAAUAGAGUUAGCCAAUAGACAACUUAAAAGUGCCAUUAAAAAAUACCAUUCCAAAGAAUAAUUAUCUAAAGAAAGAGGGAUCAGGGGACUCUAAAUUUUAAAACGCACGAAGAGGCUCUUUAUCUUAUAACCAAAAAUAAAUGUCAUAAGAUGAUUACGAUUUAGAAGAUUUCGAUGAGGAAUAUCCUUUCGAUGAUGUAGAUUAUUUCAAUUAUGAAAACUCUUCAAAUCAUAAGAAGGUUCUCUAGUAUUCGGAUUUUCAAACUUAAAAAGGCGAGAAAUCAAAUACUGAUGAUACUAUACAAUAAACUCUAGGAAUCGUAUUCAAGGAUACUUUACAAAAUUUUGAACCAAUUUACGUGGCCAGCAUAAUAGACUCUCUCAACUAAUUAAAUGGCGACUAUCAAUAAUACUAUCGAGCGUUAGAUUUAGAGGAGGUUCUUGAGAAAGCUGAACUUUAAAUAAACACUCUAUUUGGGGAAAUGCUUCGAUAGAGGAAAUUGCCAGAGGAUAUCGGAUUCCAUAGUUAAGAUCUUGUUUCUAUUGUCAAUUCAUUCCAAAUAUCAUUUGCUGGAAACACAGAUCUCUAUGAAAAAGCUCAGGCACUUGCUAUUAAAUUCAAGUAUACUUUUUAAGAGAAGGACACUAUAAGAUUCGUAUACUCCCUUCUCCAAAUGAAGAUGAAAAUAUCUUAAGAAUUAAAAGAUUAGGUCAGAAAUAUUUAGCGUGAUACUUAGCAUGUAACAACUUAUAGUGAAAAUAAAACUAUUGAUACCUUAAGUUUACCUGAUAAGUUAAAAUAUAACUAGAUCAUAACGAUAUUGAACAUACCUGUAAAUCAUAAUAAUGAAAAUGAAUUUAUCACUGACAGAGCUGAAUUGCCAGCAGAUUUAAAACCAUUGAGCCCAGCCAAAAAAUCUUACAAAGUUUUUCUAAAAGAAGGUGAGACAUACUUAUAUUGUACAUGCGGAGCCUCAAAUAAUCAGCCAUUUUGUGAUGGCUCUCACAAAGAUUUGCAGGGAUUUAAGCCUUUGAAAUUUACACAUCAGGAUGAGGAUAAAAUAAUAGGCUUGUGUGGAUGUAAACUCAAUAAAGUAGAAAAAGGUGCAUAUUGUGAUGGGUCACAUAAAAAAAUAGAUUAUGAUAGUAUAGAAAAAGAGAGAAUAAAGUUUAUUUGA